CUUGUGCUAUUUACGUAUUCUCCACGCUGUCAAUUAUCUCUCUCAACCCUUUUGACUUCUACCAUGUCCCUCACUGAACCAUGAUGCUGCUCAUACUAAAGUCCUUUCUGACCCUUCUCACCCUCCUCGCCACCUGCGUCCUCCUGCCCCAGCUCCCCCUGGCCGCUCUCCGCCUGGUGCUCCGCGCUGUGGGAUGGGCCGUGCAGAAGAGGACGAGGUCUCGUCGCGAGUACAUCGUCUCGCGCGUCCGCGCCGAUGAAGAGGAGUUCGCGAGGAAGAAGCCCGCCAAAGCAAUAGCAAAUCAGACGGAAGAUGAGGACUGGGAGAGGGUCGAUACCUCGUCCAGUACCAGUUCCGGAAUAGCUGGCAACAACACCAACGAUGAUUGGGAUGGCAUCAUCGGGUUCUUCCACCCGUUCUGCAACGCCGGUGGCGGGGGCGAACGUGUUCUCUGGGAGGCUGUGAGAGCGACCCAAAAGCGCUGGCCUAAGGCUAUCUGCGCUAUCUACACCGGCGACCACGAGGUCAACAAGGCGGCUAUGCUGGAACGGGUAGCUAAUCGAUUCAAUAUUCACCUACAUGCUCCCACUGUCGUGCUGCUUUACCUUACCACCCGCAAAUAUGUGGUCAGCAGCAUAUAUCCCUACAUGACUUUGCUGGGCCAGUCUCUGGGCUCUCUAGUUGUCGCCUACGAUGCUUUCAGCCUUCUUGUUCCGGAUGUCUUCGUUGACACUAUGGGCUACGCCUUCACCUUGGCCUUCAGCAAGCUGCUCUUUCCCUCCGUCCCAACUGGCGCUUACGUUCACUACCCCACUAUCUCCACCGACAUGCUUAGCUCCCUGGACGACCAGACUGGCUUACAAGGCAUCAACGCCGGCGCUGGCAAGGGUCUCAAGGGUCAGGUUAAGCGCAAGUAUUGGAUCCUCUUCGCUAAGCUAUACGGCUGGGUCGGCGGCCACGUUGACGUCGUCAUGUGCAACUCCUCUUGGACAUCUGCCCACGUUCGCAGCCUCUGGGGCCCUUCUCGGAAGAGCAAUAUUCAUGAGGAGCCAACUGUCAUCUUCCCGCCCACUGCUGUAUCUGAACUCGAAUCCAGUAUCCAGGUCGACGCCGGAAGGGAAAAGUCCCGGGAACCCGUCAUUCUUUGCAUCGCCCAGUUCCGUCCGGAAAAGAACCACCCUUUACUGCUGCGCUCUUUUGCCCAAUUCCUCCAAAAUCAUCGCAACAAUGCUUCUUCUGAACACGGGAAAGAGCCUAAACUCAUUCUCAUAGGAUCCGUCCGCCACUCGUCUCCAGACGAAACUCACAUUUACAAUCUCCGCUUACUCGCCCACGAGCUGCGCAUCCGUGACAAUACGACAUUCCUCUGUGACGCGAGCUGGCCCACCAUUCUCGAGCAUCUGGCAUCUGCCUCUAUUGGAGUCAACACUAUGUGGAACGAGCACUUUGGCAUUUGCGUUGUCGAGUACCAGGCUGCCGGUUUGAUCAGUGUUGUCCAUGACUCCGGCGGUCCCCGUGAGGAUAUUGUCGUCGAUCUUGGCGACGGUGCAACGGGUUUUCGCGCCAGUACGGAGGACGAGUUCGCCGCUGCAUUUGAGGCUGCCUUGGCUCUUCCGGAAGAGGAAAAGGUUGCAAUGCGGCUGAGGGCGCGCAAGUCUGCGCUACGGUUCACGGAGGAGGAGUUCUCGUUGAAAUGGAUUGGAGAGGUCGAGAAGCUGGUAAACUUGAAGGGCAAGUCAGGAUGAAAGACGGUAGAUACUCCAUUGUUGGAAUCACUUUUUCCUGUAUGGGAAGGGUGGCGCGUGCUCUGCUACUGGGCAGUUUAGUGAGUGGAGUGGUAUGUAUUUUCUGUACUACACACUGUACUUAGUCCAAAUAAGGUCUGCUCUAUACGCAUACCUUGAAUCGACUUGUCCCA